UUCACUCGACACUCGACGUCCGAACGAUGCAGUUGCCUCUAAAAAUUUAAAAAAAAAGUUGACAGCGCACGUCGCGCCAACAGUGUGUUUACAAAGGCGUGUUGAAUAGCGAUUCUGUGAUAAUUUAAACUUUAAUACUUACACUUACGUGGUAAUGGAUACGAUUUGAAUUUUGUGGAGUUUUAUUGUAAGAGACUGUUCAAAAUGGUUAUUAAAUUACAAAUUGAAGAAUCUAGUCCGGCUGUUAGCCGAUUUAGAGCAGUAGCCUCUCAGGUAAUAGCAUGCAUGUCACCGAAUAUGCUGUUGAUGGAUCUGGGAAUGGCAAUAAGCUUCGCCACUAUAGUGCUUCCUGACCUCCUAGAUGCCAAGGAAGGGUUGUCCUUGGACGAUAAACAAGCUUCAUGGUUCGGUAGUUUAUCAUACCUAACCCAACCUGUAGGAGCAAUAAUGUCGGGACCCAUCGUCGAUUUGUUUGGGCGAAAGAAUGCAAUGUUUCUAGUCAAUAUACCACAUUUAGUUGCGUGGACUCUUAUGUACUUCGCAAAUGACCUGCCAACUCUCUUCAUUGCAAAUGGACUAUUAGGAUUAGGAACUGGAGUUAUGGAGGCGCCUAUCAACUCUUAUGUCGGCGAAAUAAGUGAACCUUCGAUCCGCGGUUCGUUGUGUACAUUGACGCAAGUAUUUACCUCCAUUGGUAUAUUUGUGAUAUACUUCCUGGGGACGGUGGUCAGUUGGCGGUACGCGGCGCUCAUCUGUCUCGCAGCUCCUAUAUCUUCUAUGCUCCUAGUACUUUUGGUACCUGAAACGCCAGUAUGGCUGCUGGUUAAGGGUCGCGAAAAAGAUGCCUUAAAAUCCCUCUGCUACCUCCGCGGGUGGACCAAGCCUGAGAACGUGAGAGAGGAGUUUGAUGAGCUGGUCGUCUACACGAAGAACUUGAAGAGAUGUGUCUUGUGUAGUGACACUGAUGACGUAGACAAAUGUGAACACUUCUCUAUGAACUGCUUCACUAGAUCCAUUUACAAAUUCCGAUACAUAAUGAUGGCCAAGGAGACACUGCGUCCAUUAACACUCGUGGUGCUAUACUUCAUGUUCUACGUGAUGAGUGGCCUGCAGCCGAUCAGACCAAACAUGGUGAACGUGUGUGGAGCCUUAGGGAUGCCACUUGAUGGGAAACAAGUUGUGCUAAUGGUUGGUGUAAUAACAUUCCUGACGAGUAUUAUUGUGGUGGCACUUAUUAAAAUUUUGGGCAAACGAAAAAUAGCAAUUACAUCACUAUUUGGAUCCGCAAUUUCGUGCAUGGCUCUUAGUAUUUACGCGAAGAGUCAUCUGGGUGGUAAAGUAUUCUCAUACGAUACUGAAACAUUCCCCAAAGAGACCAGCUAUGUUCCAUUGAUAUUGUUUUACUCUUUGACGACUUUCACCGGAUUUGCUGUGCCAUGGGCGUUGCUUGGUGAAGUUUUUCCUUUCAGGAGUCGUGCAACUGCUCAGGGACUAGCGGCAGCCAGUAAUUAUGUAUUUUCAUUCAUAGGCUCAAAAACAUUCAUUGAUUUAGAAGGUCUAGUAAAACUAUGGGGUGCGUUUGCGGUAUAUGCUUGUUUUGGCUUCGCAGGCUCAAUAUAUUUAUACUUCUUCCUACCUGAGACAGAAGGAAAGUCCUUGCAGAAGAUCGAGUCGUACUACAGCGGAAAACUAAAAUUCUUCGCAGACGAUCCCUUUAUCAAUUUCUUUAAAAGGUUCAAAAGAUAACGAAGUCAAUUUAGCAGUUUUAUGAUAGUGUAAUUAUACCAAUAGUUGUUAAUAAAGAUUUUUUAUAAGUA